CCUCUUUUUGCAGCCCUGAUAUUGAAUGUACGAAUUGCAAAUGUCGGUGGCAGCAAUGAGGAAUUUUGUUUCUCUGGGGUGUUUGGUUGGACGUGGCAAAGUUGGAUUUAUGCAGUUCGGUAAAGGAAUGAGCCUACAGAAUGCCACAAGCUGUUUAACCAAAGGAGAGGUGGGCCGUGCAUGGGGUAGAGUCAUGUUUCCAGCUGUUGGUAGAAGGCGAUACUCAGGGAGUUGUGGUGCUGCCGAAGUCCAGAUCCAACAUUUACAGGGCGAAAACUCGGGAAUUACAGCUGUUUUAAUGAACAGACCUCAUGCAAGAAAUUCCCUCGGAAAUGUAUUUGUUACACAGCUCGAAGAAGCAGUUGAAGAUUUGUGUCACAACAAAAGUGUGCGUGUGGUACUCUUUAAGAGUCAGAUCAAAGGAGUUUUCUGUGCAGGUGCUGACUUGAAGGAACGUGCUGAAAUGAGUAAUGCAGAGGUUGGCCACUUUGUUCAUAGGCUGCGAAAUUUGAUGAGCAACAUAGCAUGUCUACCAAUGCCUACCAUUGCUGCAAUAGAUGGAUAUGCUCUUGGUGGUGGUCUGGAGCUAGCACUGGCAUGUGAUCUUCGUGUUGCAGCAUCAUCUGCCAAAAUGGGCCUUAUUGAAGUUACCAGAGGUCUUCUUCCAGGUGCUGGCGGUAGUCAACGGCUGCCUCGAGUUAUAGGAAUCAGCCUGGCAAAGGAACUUAUUUUCACUGGUCGACAGAUAGAUGGCGAACAAGCAAUGUCAAUGGGCCUAGUGAAUAGUGCCGUAUGUCAAAAUGAUGUGGGGGAUGCAGCUUAUCAAAAAGCACUGGAUCUGGCCAAAGCUAUACUUCCACAGGGUCCAGUAGCUCUCAGGAUGGCAAAGCAGGCAAUGAACAAAGGCAUUGAGAUCUUGGAUCAGGAAUGGCAAUUGAAGAAAUGUGUUAUGCUCAGGUUAUUCCUACAAAAGACCGUUUGGAGGGGAUGGCAGCAUUUAAAGAAAAACGAUUACCACAUUUUAUUGGAGAAUAAUGAAAUGGCAAGUCCCAUAUCUGAGAUGCAUAUUUUAUCCGAUCCUAUGUACAAACAACAACCACAGAAUUGCUUAAGUACUGAACUUUUACAAACUUUUUGACAAAAGAUAUGAAGGUUACUGAAUUUUUCACAUGAUUUCCACACCAUGUAAUAAAAUUUGUAGUCCCAGUUGCAUCCAAAAUAAUGUUUUCAACUGUCAUUUAACAUUGAAUUAUAGUAAAAAUGAAUGCCGUUAAUUGUCCCAGUGAUGAGUAUAUCAGAAGGUAGCAACCCUGGUACUGCACUACUCUUUUUCAAGUGUACCUCUGCAUGACUGACUAAAUAGGUGGUCUCCUGCUGGUUUUUGCUAGGUUGAUUUUUCCAUGCUGCUUGUUAAUUUGUUCUUAUUUCUCUGGAGUCAAAAUAGCUGUUUUGUUAACAAUUACUUCAUUUGAGGCAGAGUGCUUGACGGCAGUGCAAUGUUUCAAACUGUGUUUUGAGUAAAGCCAAUAAAAACAAAUUAGCAGUUCUUUAAA